GGCCUGUAUUUCCGGUGCCGCCAUGCCGACCCCGCAGCCCGAGCUGGCGGAGAUGGUGGCGGGGUUCCUGGGGCGGCUCGGCCGGGGGGAGCUCCGCGGCUCCGAGGUCUUGGCGAUGGCCACGGCGGGGCUGCUGCGGCGGAUCGUGGCCCACAGUCGGUGGAGCAACGCAGGGGAGCUGCUGGACUUGAUCCGGACGGAAAGCCGGAAGGUGAUCGCUGCCCAGCCCUCUGAGACCACUGUGGGGAACAUCAUCCGGCGUGUAAUGAAGAUUAUUCGGGAGGAGUACAGCCGGCUGCAGGGUCACAGUGAAGAGAUGGAUCAGGAAUCCCUCCACAAACUGCUGACCUCAGACAGUCAGAGCGAAGAUCUGAGUCAGAGUUUUACACCUCUCAAAUCCAACGUCAUUGAGCUGAUUAACGAACUGCUGACGGAGCUUGAGGGGACCAGGUAUCACAUUGCAGCGCAAGCCCUGGAACACAUCCACUCCAAUGAGGUGAUCAUGACCCUGGGCCGAUCCCCAACCGUUGAAGCUUUCCUGAUGGAAGCAGCUCGAAAACGCAGCUUCCAGGUGAUUGUGGCGGAGUGUGCCCCUUACUGCCAGGGUCAUGAAAUGUCCGUGGCUCUUUCUGCUGUUGGGAUUGAAACAACCGUCAUUACAGACGCUGCCAUCUUUGCCGUCAUGUCACGCGUCAACAAGGUCAUCAUUGGCACCAAGACCAUCCUCGCCAAUGGGGGUCUGCGGACUGUCAAUGGGGCUCACACUCUGGCUCUGGCAGCCAGGCACUACUCCACACCGGUGAUCGUCUGUGCCGCUAUGUACAAGCUGUGUCCACAGUUCCCCAACGAGGAAAACACGGUGCACAAGUUUGUUUCGCCACAGGAGGUUCUCCCUUUCACAGAAGGUGAGAUUCUGUGCAAAGUGAGCGCUCACUGCCCUGUGUUCGAUUAUGUUCCUCCAGAACUCAUUACCCUCUUCAUCUCCAACAUUGGGGGGAAUGCCCCUUCCUACAUAUACCGUCUGAUGCGUGAACUCUACAACCCUACUGACCACCAAAUAUGACUUAAUUAAACUUGGUGACACAGUAAACUCUGAUCAUCUGCUUUCACAUUGAUCAGAAAUACCAAUAGUUCAACGGUAUUGUAGCAGUUAUUGUAACGCUAUUACAGAGACCCAGGUUCAAUUCUGGCCGCUGUCUGUAAGGAGACAUGUGGCUGCGUGGGUUUCCUCCGGGUGCUCCAGUUUCCUCCCAAAGACGUAUGGGUUAGGAUGUUGCGGGCAUGCUACGUUGGCACCAGAAGUGUGACGACACUUGUGGGCUGCCCCCAGAACAUUCUACGCAAGGUGCAUUUCACUGUUUCGAUGUACAUUUGAUUAAUAAAGAUAUCUUAUCUGACUCA